CUCCAUCAAGGCACACACAGGCAUACAUUCAACCAGCGUGCUCCACCGGAUUCCUCGACCGCAACCACAGAGUUAUUCUCUUUCUGACCGCUAGUAUCUCCCGCGUCCAGCCUUGUCGAACUGUCGAGACUCCAUUCCCCGCGUUCCGUAAUCGACGACCGCCCAUCCCACCCUUGCGAGAACCGCCCGCCACAUCAUGGCCGACGUCGAGAUGAGCGAUGCGCCAGUAGCCAAGAAGGUCGACGCUGCCAACGGCAAGAGCAUCGAGGGCAAGAAGAAGUUUGAGGUGAAGAAGUGGAACGCCGUGUCCCUUUGGGCUUGGGACAUUGUGGUGGACAACUGUGCCAUCUGCCGGAACCACAUCAUGGAUCUAUGCAUCGAGUGCCAGGCCAACCAAGCUUCUGCUACUAGCGAAGAGUGCACUGUGGCCUGGGGUAUUUGCAACCAUGCUUUCCACUUCCACUGCAUUUCACGAUGGCUCAAAGCUCGAUCAGUUUGUCCCCUGGACAACAGAGACUGGGAGUUCCAGAAGUACGGCCGAUAAAUAGAGACGCACAGGAGAACGAGAGGAACGAGAGGAACGAGAAUACAAUGGGAGGGGAAGGGCGGUCCCGUGGCCGCCAUUGCGCCAUGGGCUGCAUUGGGUGUACACACAGCUAUCCAUCCCGCCGAGCCUGGGUCAGGCGUCACAUUUAUUGACUCGACUUGCUUGCUGCCAAAUCCACCGCAUACCCUGCGGGCAACCAUUUGACUGGGUUCUUGUUGUAAAUGGGCCACGGUGGCACCGUCACUAGGAAAGUUAAGGCUGUCCCCCCCAACCCCACGUAGACGGC